AUGACGUCAAAUUUGGAUGGAACGACAAAAUUGGACAUUUUGAGAAUAGAAUUUUUGAGUGGAUAUCAACCUGAAAAACCGGCAGAAAUCAAGGAAAUCGAUUUGAAAGAACGACCUGGAAAUGACUAUAUGAUGUGGAGAGACACUCCAGCGACCCGCGCGGAGAUCAAAAAACAAUUUUUGUACAUUUUUGCCAGACUGGGACCAAUGGAUAUUGAAGAUCCCUCGGCAGUGGAGCUCCUCACCCGGAUUACUGUAACCGAUUUGAAUCGGAUUACUGUAGAACCAGCUAUCAACCAAGAUGAGAUUCUUCUGGAAACAAAAUUUGGAGAUUAUAUUGUGAAAAUUAAAAUCGAUGAUAAAAAUCAAGGAAGAGAGGACCAAUUGGUUGAGGAGACACUUGGACGCAGUCGAAAAGGAAGAACUAGUGUGAGCAGUAUUCCGGAAUCAGAAACUUUCAUGGCUGCCAGAGACGGUUUGAUGGAAUCUGUGGUAAAUGUUUCAUUGGAAAAAGGCUUGGAUUUUCUAUUCGACGAGGGUCUCACUAUAGACUACAAACUACAAAUUCCAUCUGGAAUUUCAUUGAAAUCCAAAAAUCCAUCUGGAAGAUCCCAAAGAUUUUCAGCAGAAGAAUCUGGAGAAAUCAUAAAUUUCGGGUUCAUUUUGGAAUUCAUUUUCGAAUCCAGAACUUUGGAUUCGUCACCAUUGCUCAUGCUUAGAAUUAUGGCUGUUGACUACUGGGGACGACAGUAUAUCGCUGGUUAUGGGUCCAUGUAUAUUUCGCUGGAGCCUGGAAGAUCCAACUCUGAAAUUCAUCUAUGGCGUCCGAUCAGCCACAACUCCUUAUAUGAGAUGUUCGUGGGUCAGGCAAUCGAUAUCAAUUAUUUUGGAACGCUGAGAAAUUCUCUGGAAAAAGUUGGACAAGAGGGACAACCAUCUGGAAUCGUGUGUGUGCAGACGAAUUGCAUUGCUCAGUCCAGACAUUUUAUGGCCAGAGACAUACUGUACCAACUGAAAUACGGUAGCAAGAUGGCUGAUAUGGGCCUCCGCUCGGAUUUCUAUCAAAGAAUCAUCAAAGUGCUCAUGGAAUUCGAGGAGGCGCGCUCGAAAUUGGUUCUGGCGAGAGCCCUAAACAAGAAGAAGAUUAAAAUUUAA